AUGAAAGGCUUGGUGAGUACUAGGGCGGAUUCGAACCUCCGAUCGAUCGUGCAAGAAGCGGAGCCUAACCGCUACACUACACCCGCCCAUGUGCGAUUUCGUAUUACUCUGCCGUUAAACGUUAAAGGAACACUUUAUCGAAGCCACUUUCUCCGUCAUUACCACGACUACCAUAUCUGUCCAUACAAAAUCAUUGCUUUUAAAAUGAACUGCAUCCCAUCAGCAGCAGAAAUCGUUAGACGGCCACCAUGGAUUGCUGCGCAUUGUUUACAGACGCUGUUAUCAUUGGCUACUCUGCUACUGUCUUUUAAAUUCGUUUACGAUCUCGUUAACAGUAUAUUAUACACGGACUCCUGCAAGCUGAGUUUGAAGACAUCAGACUGUGCUAUUCCUAACUUCAUUAUCAUGCUUUGCAUUGUUGGAAUGGUUAUAUGCCAAAAUGCUUUGUGGAUUGAUCGAUUCGCUGCAACUAUAUUCGCAAAAUUCCAUCGGCAACAUUGCAAACAGUUUGGAUUCGUUCUCUGUUUUGCAGUGACAUCAAUGGCGUUUCUUGUGCCGUUUCUAAUAUUACGCCAUGAUCCAUACAACGAUUUGGUAUUAACAUGCAUGAUGACGCCAGCUGGAAGUGCUACUGAGAUCAAUCACCUUUUCUACUCAUUUAUUGUGCUAAACCUUUUAUCUGUUGCUGCCAACAUCUUUCUCCAUUUAAUCAACCGACGAAAGGAAAAAAGAUUAAGAUUUAAUGUGACGAAACGAUUUCAAGCGUUCGAAAAUGCGCUCGUUACGAAAUGGGUCGGAAUGGUUGUUUGGGUGCAGUUCGUAUUCAUGACCGCCUACUCAUUGGCUAUGUUUCUAAUUAGAUCGCAUGGAGAAAAUCUGCCUGAACCUACGAAACUAGUGCUAAGAAUCUGGUUUUAUCUGGUCCCAUUCUCCACAGUUUCAUUACCGUUAAUUUCGCUGUUUGCUCUCCGACUGUGCACAACGACGCGAAUAGCAUCAAUUACACGGAUGACAAGUCAAAAAGCAGACCACAGCACGUACAUGAAUCACUUGAUGGAAAUGUGGAGUUGA